AUGACGUGUCUUGCCACAGAGUCAGCCAUUGCGGAGAUCACAAAGAGACCUUGGGAGAUUGCAGCGCACAACAUCACAGGCCAGCUUGGUCUGCCCCCAGAUACAAAGAUCCACCUUCUCAGGCGGUACUCACAAGCAUGGGAUAAAGCUGGGGGCCUGCUGGUGACUUACACCUUGACCAAUCUUGACCCCUUCAAUGCCAUUGAGAUCGGGGCUCUCAGCAUCCCACUUGUGUUCCAGGGUCGCUGGGAUGGCCUCACACUGGAGCAGAUGGCGCAGCAGUCAACCUUCACAGACAUGCAUCUGGGCGCGCACCAUGGCUGGGUCAGCGUGACGCGCAUGACCGGCCGGGGCCCAGUGCUCCUGCUGCUGCCCGAGAAUGGGACCAGCUUUGAGGCGUGGCGCAGCGGCCGAGAGGACGCCGCGAAUGCUGGGCCGCUGUGGACCCCCCACAUCAUGCUGCACUCUGCAUCAUACCGGGAGCUGGAGUGGUCCGCUGGAGGAGAGCCGUGGAACCCUCCGUCCAGUCAGCUUGUCCCACCAAAUUCGAGCUAUACAUUCGGCUUCCGCUUGCUCACAGCUCCAAGCAUCAGAGAUCGCGAUGCAAAUCUCCUGGCAGCAGGAAAGGUUGUGGUCCAUGGUGUGCCAGGAUACACCAUUGCCACAGACAUGGAUGCACAGCUGCUUGUCACACUUCCAGAGGCGAUUUCCCACAUCAGUGGUAUUGAUGUCGUUCCAAAGGGCGCAAUCUCCAUUGGGACGCCCCAGCAGGCCAGGCCCUCCGCCCAAUGGGUGGUUCCGCUGAAGGGACUUCAUCACGGCCGCUGCCGAGUGGACCUACAAUUCUCCGACGGCUCAUCGCUCGCCGUCCAUUACUUUGUGCUGCCACCCUUCAAGGCACAUGUGGACAAUUUCGGCGCGUUUCUGGCUGACUGGGCGUGGCUGGGAUCAGAGCAGGGCGUUGACCCCUUUGGGCGCACCCACUCAGUCAUGCCUUGGGACCGCGACGUGCAGACCCAUGUCAUGCAGGAUCCCCGGGCGUUUGUGGUGGGCCUGAGUGACGAGGCGGGCGCGGCGGCAAAUGUGGCGCUGGCCGUCAAAGCGCGCCACUCGCCGACCCGGGAGCAGGCGGCCAGGCUGGACGAGUAUAUCCAGCGCACGCUGUGGGGCGUGGAACAAGACAUCCCCUUCCCAGUGUCCCUGCAGGACCACGCCACUGGCGGCAUCCGCGCCAGCCUCUUCUGGGUGCCCACGCCGGGGACCUCGGAGGAGCCGAUGCCAGGGUACACCUACAAGGCAAGCUCGCUGUCGGGGUGGAUCUGGAACCGCACGAGGGCUGUGGAGUCCCUGGGCCGCGCGUACAACUACCCCCACCAGACCGCCGUCUACCACAGCAUGUACCACCUCGCCGCCGACAAUGACCUGGCUCCCUCGCAGCGCCCUGCCACCUGGUACCUGCAACAAGCUGCUGCCACCAUCAAGGGCAUGUGGACAGUGGCCAAAUGGUACACCCAGUUUGGGUUGAUGGCGGGGACGGUGUUUAGGGAAGUUCUGCGCGAUCUGGAACUGGAGGGGUUGCAUGAAGAUGCCGCCAUGGUCAGGGACAUCAUGCACAACCGGACGGCAGUGGGGUUUGUCUACAAUUCUUCCUCACCCUGCCCCGAGCCGCCAGGGCCUUGCAGCUGCAGCCAGGCAGCUUCAGGGCACUUCCUGUACAGCUGCAGGCCAUGGAAAGCCAAUGAUUUUCCCUUUGGCAGCGAAUUUGCUUGGGACUCCACAGGCCAGGAGGAAAUCUACAUCUGGGGAAGGUAUUUUGGCAAGGAUGAGGUGGCUGCGACAGCCUUGGAUGCCAUUUUGGCCUUCAUGCCAAAUGUCCCCAACUGGGCGUACAACGGCGCAGCGCUGGGCAUAGGAGACUUCUCCAACAAUGCCAAGAUCACCCCCUGCGGCGGCUGGGAGCGCGUCCUGCAGCACUACCGCGCAGGGCUGAAUGCCAUCCCCCUACUGGAGGAGUAUCGUGCGUCACCACAUGGCAACGUGCACCUGCUGCUGACGGGGCUGGGCGCUGUGGCGGGGCAGCUCACCAACCUGGACCUGCAAGGGCAGCCCUCCAUGGGCUUCCACGGCGACCCGGCCGUCAUGCGCCAUGACCCCUACAGUGGGGACUUUGGGAUUGGCUUCUAUGGGCACACGCACAAUGCUGGAGCCUACCUGCUCUACAAACAGCUCGGGGUAGAGUGGCUGUGCUUCCUGUGCAACCACGUGGUCAUCAGCCAGGAUAGUUCCAGUGCAAAUGCGCUGCCCAGCUCUCAUAUGCCUCGGCCUGUUGACACAGUCAUCCGCAUGACACCCCGCGAUUCCUACCAUCAGCGGAUCUACAUCCAGCCCCUGGGGCUUUACCUUCUGGCAGAGGCAGGGGAGUUUGACAGCCUCCAGAUAGACUUUGGCAGCCGGACGGCAAAUGUGUCCUUCAGAGCUCUGGAAGGCACCCUCACCAGCAGACACCGCAUGCGAGUUGAGACGCCCGGCAGCUCACAGAUGCAUGGCCCCACUAAGCUGGAGGCUCCUGUACGAGAGGAGUUUCCGGAGGAGGGAAUGCAGGUUGGCCCUGACGUGAAGGACAGACAAACACUGGCAGAUGAUAUAUUCAAGAGCGAUGCAGCGAACCCAGACAGACAAAUUUUGAACUCAGACGUUGGCUUCCUUGAGAUGAUGCGCUUCAAAGGAGCAUUGCCAGAGGUGCUCAACAGCAGACUGGCCAUGCUGGGCUUCUUCUGGGCAGUCAUCGCUGAGCAGCUCACAGGAAAGAACCUGUUUGAGCAAGUCAAGUCACAGCCGCUCCUCAUUGUCACAACUGUGGUGCUGAUCACUGUCGCCUCAGCAAUCCCAUUCUACAAGGGAGUGCGCCGCUCUGGCAACUCUGUCUUCACACCUGACGCAGAGCUUUGGAAUGGCAGGUUGGCGAUGCUGGGAAUUGUGGCGGUGAUCAUCAACACAUGGAAUCGUGGCAGCAUCUUCUGA